UAUAUGAUUUAUACAGGGUAGUAGUGUUUAUGAUUUGAUGACCAAGGAGUUUGGGCCGCGAACCUCGUCUGCAUGGUCUCCACCGAGUACGAAGAUGGCGACCUCGUGUGCCCGGCCAUCUCUCCGAUAAGUCAAAACAGCUGGUGGAAACCGUGGAUCUGACUCGACUUUAUCCCGACUUGACGGUGAUUACAAGGAUGUCAUGCUCGGUAACGGUCGCUUAUACGACAAGUUCCCCAGAUCGGGAAGUCAACCAUCAUUGCCUUAGCAAGAUUUUCUGUUCGCUUGUGAAACGGAUUCUUGGCAAGGAUAUUUCGGAGGAAACCCCAGCGAGCAUGCUCCCGGGGCGAAUUAUCAGAUUUUCAAGAUAAUCGCUAAUAUAGCGGGGACGCAAUUAAUCAUAUUAUCUCCACGCAAGUCGUGUUGUGAUGUGGAUGACUCUCUUUUUCAUUCUUCAUUCACGUCAACGCGCCAAAAGUGUAUUGAAGUGUAGCAAUGCUGAAAAUGAAGGCCUCCAAGAUCAUGUCGACCGACAAGAGAUCCGCCGGAGAGAAAGUCAGAAGUGAGUUGCGUUGCGCUAUGGUGCAGAGCUUACCUUGGAAUCAGUCUGACCGGAGUCUUGCAGCUUUCUUCCUUGGAGAAGGGGCCAAAACUAAGGAAGAAAGACGACUCACUUAUUGUUGUCUAAGUUAUUUUUUCAACUUUCUAGGUACGUUUGCUUGUCAAGUGAUCUUCCGUUUUACUUACUUGCCUACGGAUCGAGCCGCCUUUGCCAAUGCCUAUGUAAGUCAAAAACGUCUUCCUAAUCUCUCCAAGGUUGCUGGGCUGCGCGAGGCUCUCCACAUGUCAGGACAUGAUUAUAACACUGUUCUUUCGGUCACAACUGCUGGCAUGGCGAUUGGUCAAAUCCCUCACGGGCUAAUCAUUCAAAAGGUGCCGCCAAGAAUCUGGCUUCCGUCAAUGGUAGUAGUUUGGGCUGCGUUGACCAUGGUCAGCGCUACAGUCAAGACCGUAACACAACUGUGUGUCGUUCGGUUUUUCCUUGGAUUAGCUGAAGCUAGCACAUAUGCAGGGACUAUUUACAUCAUUGGAUCAUGGUAUACCCCUAGCGAAAUUGCAAAGAGAACGGCUAUUUUCACUGCUUCUGGUCAAGUCGGGACCAUGUUCGCUGGAGUGAUGAUGGCGGCCAUCUACAAAGGCAUGGGUGGCCUAGGUGGCCUCGGAGGCUGGCAGUGGGUGUUCCUCAUUGAUGGCAUUAUCACUCUUCCAGUUGCAUUCUUCGGGUUUUACUACUUCCCUGAUAUUCCAGAGAACACCAGGGCAUUGUACUUGAGCGACUCUGAGAAGAAGCUAGCGGUUAGCCGCCUUCCGCCUAUCAAAGAAGGAGGGCAUAGUAUCAAUCCCAUAUCACUGAUGAAACGAUUGGUUAUGUCACCCACUUUCUGGAUUCUUUUAUUUUGGUCUCCAGUGUGCGCCACCUUGGAGGCCUGGGCAGUUCAAAACAACUUUCUCAUUUGGCUCAAGUAUCAAUCGUCCCACUUCUCACAGAGCCAGAUCAACACAUUUCCUCUUGGGGUUCAAGCUGUUGGAAUUGUCUCGAACAUGUUUGCUGCCUGGCAUAUGGAUGUCACUGGCACUCGCAUCCCUAUGGCUACUCUGGCCAUCGCUUUACAGCUAGUUUGUGCCGUCCUACUUAUUGUCCCCAAUAUUCCUUUUGCUGGCACAUUCUUUGCUUUUUAUCUUUCCGGUACUGUUGUUGUUGUUGACCUAUGGGCUCGGGCAUACUGCGAGAGUGGAGGGUCGGCCACCGUUGCCUCCUCGCCAGCGUUAGUCGACAUCCGAGUCGGCCGCACCCUUGCGCUAUGCGUUUGGAGUCUCGGUAGAUGA